CAAUGUCCAUCCAAUCAGAAACGAGUUCGUGUUUUAAACCAAUUUUCCACGUAUUUACUGAAAUUCUAACUCAUAUUUUCAAAGUUUUUCCUCGAAUAAGCACAUUAAUAGAGAAAAUUUGUUAAACAUGAAAAUUAAAAUAGUUUUCUUUACACUUACUCUUUUAAUGGUAGGAGUUUCUGCGAAGAUAGACGCAAAGAAUUUGAGAUGCUUAGUGUGCCGGCAGACCUUCGAGGAAUUGAAUAAAGCUAUAUUAAGUGUAGAAAAAUGGAAAAAAGUAGACGUUGGCAAUUUCCGGAUGGAUGCUGAUGGAAACACCAUGCAGGAUAAGGUGCCAGCUCAUCGUUCGGCUGUAUACAUAUCUGAAGUUAUUGAUGAAAUAUGCAAGAAGAUGGACGACUACGUGCGAGUGCACUACAAGUCGACGGGCAAGCUGGCUAUCAUGCUGCUGGUGACCAGAGAAGGCCACAUGAAUCCAGAGUUUUCCAAGACCAAGUUCGUCACAGAUGAUGAUCUGAACAAGAGUUUGGAGUAUUAUUGCGAGCGCAUGUUCGAAGACAACGAGGACGAGAUCACGGAGCUGUACAAAACCAGACCCGACGAUGACAUCAUGCCGGAUGCUGAGAGAGAGAUCUGUUUCAACGCCGCGCAGUACUGCGAGGAGUGGAUGUUGCCCAACGCGACGGACACCACGUGGACGGCGGAGAUGGAGGACGCCUACACUAAGAUCCAUGGCCCAGACCCCUACGGUUUCGGGAUGAACACGCAAACGAGACCCGAAGUCACUGACUCCGAAGGCUACGAUGAUUCAGACGAAGAUGAAGAUGUAGAGGAAUUGAACGCCGAGGACGAGGGUAAGCCUGAUGAAGGCAAACUUGACGAAGGUAAAUCUAAUGAAGGUAAAGUUGACGAGGGUAAACAGGAAGAAGUUGUUGUACAGAGUAAUGAUGAAUUGUAAUUUGGGGUUUUGAUGUUUCCCACAGAAUUUUGGAUGUGCGUUAUUUUAAUUUAUUUACUACUUUAAAGUUAUUUUAUUUAACAGACCUAAUUUUUAAUAUGUUGUAUGACAUAUAUAUGUCGCCGUGGUGGCUUGGCUUACUGAAAAAUCUAUAACCUCAAACCUAAUAAUUAUCAUGUUUACUCUUAAGUUAUUGCGAUUCGACUUAUUUUCAAGUAAUCUUAUGAUUUCGCAAUCAAAAUAAUGUCCUGUUUUGAUUUAAUUAAUAAUAAGUCUCUCAAGUAAUGAUCACAGGUGACAGCAGUAGAAAAGAGACUCUUUAAGUUCUAUGUUGAGAUUUUGCUAACCAUUCAAAUAACUCACUCGGCGGCAUAUAACAUAUUAAAAAUUAACAUAGCGACCACUGCUUUGGAAAGAGCACCUAUGAGAUUAAAAGGGCUAUCUGACAGAGCCCAACAUUACUGCAGGGUAUGAAGAGAUUUUACAAUUAUUGUUUAAUUGAUGACAAACUCCAGCAGUUACUGUCUAAUGAGUUUUAUGAAUUUCAUUUGACUAAAUUUAUAGCGCUUGCUUCCGCGAGAGUCAUAUCAGGGUUCUUAUUUUUUUGUGAUAUUAUAUGUAUUUACUAACACUGCUUCUAAGUCAAGUGAAUUGUCCAUAGAUUUUAACUACAAAACUGCCAUUCACUAACUAACAGGAUUUGAUCUAUUUAAUGAAGACAAACUUGCCUUUAUAAAUGAAGGUGAUCCUGACUUGUUUAUUUGGACGUACUUAUUUACUCAAACAUAGUUAAAUUUUAACGUCAUAAAUGGAUUUAAUGUUUGUCCUCCUUGGAGGUUUUCAAUUUAUUUAUUUAUUUUUAUAAUCGUAACUGCUAUUCGGGUGUUGGCUCAAAUUAGGUGUAUUCUAAAUUCUGUGGGAUUUUUAUUUAAUUUAAUCAUGAAUUUAGGUACUUAAAUAAUACAGAAAUAAAUGUCAUGAAGUGUUUUACAUACAUUCUACAUAUUAUUUGGGUCUAACUAAUAAGCGUUUUUUUUUCUAUUUUAUGUUUAACAUAAAAUACCAUUCUGCAUAAAAUACAAUUUAUUAAACUAUGUUUUGUCAUUGAAAUAACACUAAAUAGCAGUGGCUUGCACUUCAUAACCAAUUUUUUCACAGUUUGUUUAAAUUGGCUUACUAGUGCAUACCCUGAUUAACCACCUUAUGCACGCCACUGCUAAUCAGAAAUAUUAGCGUUGACCCAAUUUCUUGUUUAAGAUGUGGCAUAUUAGGAUUAAUGUGGUUAUUUUUGAUAAAAAUAAGCGUUUGUGUAUAUUGUGUUGUGAGUUUUUGUAUAUCAGAUUUUUAUAAUAAAUUAAUGCAUUUUAUUGUACAGUUUGUCCAAAUUUGGAAGUCUGUUUUGCUUUGGAUGUAGUGGUGAGGUGUAUAGACAGGUGUUUGACAUAGGUCAAAAAAGUAAAAGCAUACAGCAUAGGUCAAAGUCAAAAAUUAAUUUAUUUGAAUUAGGCUUAAUUUACAAGUACUUUCGCAUGCACCUCCAACUUUUCAGUUAUUUUAUUUUAAGUAUAGUAAUCACGGCUCUUGACCAUAUGCGUUUAUUAAUCUGUAUUAUAAGAAAAUAAACUUUAAUAACGGGUACACAGAGUAAACUUUGGUUAGUACUAUAGCAGUGUUGCUAUUUACUAAAAGUACUACAUUUAGGGUCCAUUUUCUUUUUACUUUAAAUUUGAUUUUCUUAAAACAUAAAAUCAUCAGUGGAAUGAGACGAAUUUAACUUUAACAGAUAUAAAUAUCUGUGUCAACAAAAACAAUAAGUUGUUGUAAAGAAUAAACAACUCUCAACUCUCAUCAUCAAAUUUGUCUUAAAGAAUAAACAACUCUCAUCUCUCUUCAUUUACACAUUUCAAAGAAAAACAUAUUUCUUAUUUUCAGUCAACAUCAUAAUUACCAAUUAUGUAGUUAGUUUGCUAUAAUUUUAUGCUGGAUUUUUUUAAACCUUGAAUACAAUCAAAUUAAAUGGCUUCAGAAUUAAAAAUGUCAGAUUAGCUAUCCCUGUAUUUUAUAUCUGUAGUUUAAAUGCCUACACAAAUUCACUUGAUCUGUCAUAUUACCACUACAUCCAAACCCGGAAUAUAUUUAUUAUUUAUACUCUGUUAAAUGUUUCUUUUUUUUUUAAUAUUUAGAAAGGAGUUGGCCCACUCACCAUACAAUGUUUGCCCCAGACAAAAAGUUAAUGUGUCACGAUGUAACUUUUAUCAUUGGGUUUAUUUUCUUGCCUAGAUAAUAAGUAGGUUUUAUUUUAAGGCCUAGAUAGGGGGGUUAUAGCCUAUUGAGUAUCAUAACAUGUCACUAUCAUAAUAUGUCGAGAAAAAAAAUUACCUACUUAGUAUGUAUUAUACGUGGUAUUUUUUUUAAACCUGCUGUUUCCUAGAUUUCCAUUCAUAUCUUUCAAAAUAAUAAUUGUGAGGUAAUUUUAUUUCAUUUACAUGACUAAGUCUCUUGGUAUUUCAUUUAACCUGGGGCAAUUUUGGGACAUCUUUUAGUCUAUACAUAUUAUAGUGCCUUAUGAUGUUAAACUUCUAUUGCAUGACAUUGAAUUCAUGUUUUUAUAUUGUAGCUGAUGUUUGCUCAAAAUAUCUCUUGAAACUUCCAUACUUUACGCUUAUUAAAUGAAUUUAGUAAAUUGUUGUCUGUUAUGAAUGAAAAAUGUUUUUACAGUGGGCAUUAUGUCUUGUAUUUUAUUAUUUUAUCAAAAUGUAAACAAACGUUAUGUACUUGCAAAUAUAUUUUAGAUUUUGUCGAUAACUAUUUCACCAUGCCGCAGUUUCUGAACUUUUUUAGUUACACGCGACUUACAGAUUUAGGUUUUAUCUCUGCGCCCUAGCUACGAUUUAUUUCUAAUAUUAGGUGCUUAGGUAGAUACCAGUGUCCCGAUUUUGGUGGGACGUCCCGAUUUUUAAAUCAAAAUUAAAUGGUCUCGCUCACUGUGUUCUUCGUGCAACUUCCCGAAGUAUAGCAGAAGUUUGCAUUGUUUUAAUUGUACUAUUAAGUUAACUUUCCGUGAGUAGUUUCAACUUGAUGAGACGCUCAACUUUUUUAUUUACGAAAAGUCUUGAUUCUGGUAGCUAACAGGGAUAUCAGGUAAUAAAAAUUUUCUGACCUCCCAACUUGUAUCAAUAACGAGGUCAUUAAAAAUUGUUACUAAUCAGAUGUUUUUUUUUAGUCAAUUAAUAGUUAUGCAACUUGACAGCCACAUUGUCUUCCAAAUUGCGCUAUAUCGUUCUUACGCUUAGAAAUUUUUGUUAAGUACCUGGUAACCCUGUUAGUUACCAGUACCAAGAAUUUUCGUAAAUAUAAAAGUUAAGGGCUCUAUGAUGAUGAAGCUACUCACUGAAAAUCAAUUGAAAAAAUACUCCCCUGAUCCUGGACUAUAACUGUUAUUUGUAACUAAAGUGUGGUAUGGAUGCACUAAAAAAAACUAAAACAUUCCUUUAUUCAUACUGUUUGUUUACAUUUGUCUACGAAUUUACAAAAUGCAUCACAAAUUAAAUUAUAGUGUUUUAAAUCAUUUCUAUCGCUUUUUCUAGUAUAAUAUAAAUAAAUAUACAUAUCUAUUUUUACAUUGUAUUUUACAAAGACUUAAAAACUGUGCAAUAUUUUGAUUCCGUUAAAAUAUAUUUUAAUGAGAUUCUGCACAAAAUUCCAUGUUGACAUUUGUUUUGUAAUCAUGUGAUAAGAGUUAUGUUUGUGAUGAAAUAAAAUGCUUGUUAAGUCA